CACAAAAACUGCGCCACAAAAUCGCCCGGAACCUGGAAGCAACUGAGGGCGGGUGUUUCCGUUAUAGCACUUCCGCUUCCUGUUGCUUGCCUUAAAUCGGGCCAGAGCUCGGCGUUCGAGGUCCAGCCACAAUGAUUGAGGUGGUUUGCAACGAUCGUCUAGGAAAGAAAGUCCGCGUCAAGUGCAACACCGAUGACACCAUCGGGGACUUGAAGAAACUGAUAGCGGCCCAAACUGGCACCCGGUGGAAUAAGAUCGUUCUUAAAAAGUGGUACACGAUUUUUAAGGACCACGUGUCUCUGGGAGAUUAUGAAAUCCAUGAUGGGAUGAACCUGGAGCUUUAUUACCAGUAGACGGGAAUUCCUUCUCCUUGCCUACCCUGCCUUCCUCUCCCACCCUCAUUUGACACUGGUAUAGAUGCCCAUUUUUAACAAUUCACAUGAAUAAAAACUUCAGUGCUGCUUUGUUGCUGUCA